CUUCGGCGGCGGCGGCGCCGUGGGGUGGCUAUAAGACGCAGGCGAGGCCGGGGCGCGCAACCAGUUGUCUCGAGCAAGAGCUAAGGGACGCAUAUACCUACCUAUCGUAAUUAUACACGUAUUGUUGUGUAGUGUUGUGCAGUUUGUGUUAUCAUGAUGUCGAUAUCAAGGAGCCUGCUAGUUUGUGCGUUUGCGAUAGCUGUGAUAAGCUUACGGCAAAGCUCAGCGGCACCGCAGGGGGCGCCACAAGAAGACAACGGCCCUCCUAUGCCUUACGAAUACAAAUACGACGUAGAAGACCAAGAGAAGGCGCUUUUCUUCGGCGCAAACGAGGCAGGGGACGCGCAAGGCAAAGUCAUCGGAGGCUACAAAGUUCUACUGCCUGACGGCCGCCUCAUGACCGUAGAAUACACGGUUGAGGGGGAGAGUGGAUUCGUGCCCAAGAUCACUUUUGAGGAUAACGCGAACCCCUUCGGCAAAGGCAAGUAAGACUCCUGAGGGGUUAAGAUGACGUAGGAAUUUUUUCUAUGGAUCGUGGAAUUCGUAGAUGCUCUUUUGUUUUCUGUGAUUGGAGGUGAUGAUAGGUGUUUGAUUUGAUUGAUUGGUGUUUUUUUGUUGUUAAGACCAUGACAAGGAGCUACUUAUACGAAAAAGAAUAUCUACGAAUUCUAAUAUAAAUUUGUCAUAACAUAAAAUUGAUUUCAAAAGGGUGUUUUGAAUGCCAGAUCUGCAAAUAUUUUUAAUUUUUUUAUACGAAUUCAAUUAGUUUAAUUAAACGAAGUUACCAGUGUUCUGUGAUUGUAUAAAAAGCAUUGCCAUUAGAUAAUAUUAUUAUGGUUAAGUCUGCGAUGUUACCGUUUUCUGUGUGUAUAUUCUGUAAACGGGAAUAUUUUAAACAUUAUGAUGUAUAGAUUUAGAGUUAUUAUUCCAUAUUACUUAGAUUUAUGCAAUAUAUGACUUUUGUACCUAUAUAAAAAUA